CCCAUUCGCAACACAUUCACCGCGAUGACCAUAAUAACCGCGGCCGCGCUCUGUCGCCUACCCGAACGCACGCAACUUUUUUAAAAAAAGUUUAUAAGAAAAGUAUUUGACCUCCGCGCAUCAGUGACCUAUUUUGUGAUUUCGCGAGUCUAAUGUUAUAUCAACCAUGUGGCUGCUAGGAGGUGGAGCGGCUCGACCAGCUCAGCAGCGCGCGUGCCGAGGCCCUGCAAUCCUGUCAACGCCUGAUGGUGCCAUGCCUUCUGUGCAAGUCAUUACUCACAACUUUUCUACCACACCACGGAAACGGGGACUAGCGGAAUGGGUAUGGACCCUGACCGGUCAGAAUCGACAAAAUCGUGAGAAGGUGGAUCCAGGAGGUGAGCUCCAGAUAAUGCUGCCUGCCCAACCUGAUAAACCCACAUCAGGAGAGGUGUGCUUGCUUGCUGAGAGCCCGUUCAGAAUCCUGAGGGCAGCAGAGAGUGGCAAUGUGGAGGACUUUAUGCGUCUGUACCUGAGCGAGCCAUCGCGGCUGGCAGUCAGGGACGGUCGCGGUCGCACCGCGGCACACCAGGCAGCAGCUAGGAACAACACUAACAUACUACACUUCAUUAACAACUACGGGGGAGACUUGAACGCUAAAGACAACUUUGGUAACACCCCGCUGCACAUCGCCGUUGAAAACGUUGCUUUGGAUGCUAUCGAGUUUUUGCUUCAACAUCGCGUCGAUACCAACAUUUUGAACGACAAGAGCCAAGGUGCUCUUCAUCUUGCUACAGAGUUGAAUAGGGUUUCAGUCCUUCAAACCUUCGCGAAGUAUAAAGACCAAUUCAACGUAGAGCUUGGUGGCGAGCACGGCCGCACAGCGCUGCACUUUGCUGCCAUACAUGACCACGACAUCUGUGCCAAGAUAUUGAUAACAGACUUAGGCGCUGAAUGCAAGAGAGCUUGUAACAACGGGUACUAUCCCAUCCACGAGGCUGCUAAGAACGCGUCCUCGCGGACUAUGGAGGUAUUCCUCCAGUGGGGAGAGUCUAAAGGUUGCACCAGAGAAUCAAUGAUAUCCUUGUACGAUAACGAGGGCAAUGUGCCCCUGCACUCUGCCGUGCAUGGAGGAGAUAUCAAAGCCGUCGAACUUUGCCUGAAAUCCGGAGCAAAGAUAUCUACGCAGCAGUAUGAUCUGUCUACACCAGUCCAUCUGGCUUGCGCUCAGGGUGCCCUUGAGAUAGUGAAGCUCAUGUUCACCAUGCAGCCGACGGAGAAGCUGGCUUGCCUGACGUCUUGCGAUGUUCAGAAGAUGACGCCGGUGCACUGCGCUGCGAUGUUCGACCAUCCUGACAUCGUGAACUAUCUAAUCAACGAGGGUUCUGACAUCAACCCUCUGGAUAAGGAGCGCAGGUCGCCGCUGCUGCUAGCUGCUUCCAGGGCCGGAUGGAGGACUGUGCAGACCUUGAUUCGUCUGGGCGCUGACAUCGAGCUCAAAGAUAUAAACUCCAGGAACGUGCUCCAUCUUGUCGUGAUGAACGGAGGCAGGCUCGAGGAGUUCGCAGCCACGUGCAAGAAUCGCUGUGAGAGGAGCCUUGCACAGCUUCUGAACGAAAAAGACAGCGCUGGCUGCUCACCCCUCCACUAUGCCAGCCGUGAAGGUCACAUUAGAUCUCUGGAGAACCUCAUCCGUCUUGGCGCUUGCAUCAACUUGAAGAACAACAACAAUGAGAGUCCCUUGCACUUUGCUGCCAGAUACGGCCGCUAUCACACCGCUUGCCAGCUGCUCGACUCCGAUAAAGGAACGUUCAUCAUCAACGAGAGCGAUGGCGAGGGGCUGACACCGCUCCACAUCGCCUCUCGUGAAGGUCACACGAGGGUCGUGCAUUUACUGCUGAACCGUGGUGCAUUGCUGCACAGAGAUCACAAUGGACGCAAUCCAUUGCACCUGGCCGCCAUGUCUGGGUACACCCAGACAAUUGAACUUCUGCAUUCCGUUCACUCCCAUCUCCUAGACCAGUCUGAUAAAGAUGGGAACACCCCAUUGCAUCUUGCUACUAUGGAAAACAAGCCCAACUCCAUUGCUCUUCUUCUGUCCAUGGGAUGCCGUCUCAGCUACAACAACUUGGACAUGAGUGCCAUCGACUACGCUAUCUACUACAAGUUUCCAGAGGCAGCUCUCGCUAUGGUUACCCACGAGCAACGAGCUAAAGAGGUGAUGGCACUACGGUCUGACCGUCAUCCCUGCGUGACUCUCGCCCUCAUCGCGUAUAUGCCUCGAGUCUUCGAAGCCGUGCAGGACAAAUGCAUCACCAAAGCCAACUGCAAGAAAGACUCCAAAAGCUUUUACAUAAAGUAUAGCUUCGAUGCCCUGUGUCCACAACUUAAAAUGGAAGAUGGCAAUAACGUUCGUCGGAAAUCGGAGAACGUGCCAAAAUCCCAGAACAUACCUUUACCUGCCCUAAAUAUUAAGUAUUCUUUCAAAUUCUACCAACGGUCGAAGCUUGAAGUCGACGCAUUAAGACUGGCCCUUAAUGACCCCAAGUAUCGGCCAGAACCGUUGUGUGUUAUCAACGCUAUGGUUGCCCACGGACGGGUAGAACUGUUGGCCCAUCCAUUGAGCCAGAAAUAUCUGCAAAUGAAAUGGCACAGCUACGGCAAAUACUUUCACUUGGCCAACCUACUGUUCUACUGCAUCUUCUUGAUAUUUGUGACCGUCUAUACGUAUUUACUGAUGGGAAGCUCCGAAAAUUAUGCACAGACGAAGAAAGCUGCUAAAUGUAACCUAUCUGACCCCAUGAAUUUUGACCGUGAGAACAAAACCGAAAAAAAUAAUGUUUUUAAUUCUGAUUUCGAGUCGAAAGUGGCAAUGUAUACAAGUACAGUGGCUAUAUUGGCGUAUAAUGCCAUAUGUUUGAUUCGGGAGGCUUAUAAUGUCAAACAACAGAAAUGGCAUUAUCUGGUGGACCCAUCCAACUUGGUAUCCUGGCUCUUGUACAUUAGCUCGACUCUGAUGGUUAUCCCGACAAUAUGCAAUUAUUUUGAGGAAAUUCAGUUCUCGGCUGCGUCAAUAACUGUAUUUUUGUCAUGGUUUGAGCUGCUUCUGUUACUCCAACGUUUCGACCAAGUUGGAAUCUACGUUGUGAUGUUCCUCGAAAUACUUCAGACCCUGAUUAAAGUUUUGAUGGUGUUUUCAAUCCUGAUCAUCGCAUUUGGAAUGGCGUUUUAUAUUCUCCUGUCUAAAGUGGGUCCUGACGAGACGGGACACCACUUGUCGUUUAAUAGCAUACCCAUGUCUCUCAUGAGGACCUUUGCAAUGAUGCUUGGUGAAUUGGACUUCGUUGGCACUUACGUUCAGCCCUAUUACAAAUCUGAGACGGAUAUUCUGCUGCCGUUCCCAAUGCCUACGUUUUUCAUACUUGGUAUAUUCAUGGUGCUGAUGCCCAUUUUACUGAUGAACUUGCUGAUCGGUUUGGCUGUAGGAGACAUUGAGAGUGUGAGGCGCAAUGCCCAGUUGAAACGGCUGGCCAUGCAGGUCGUUCUUCAUACUGAGCUCGAACGAAAACUUCCGGCCAUACUUCUGGAAAAAGUGGACAAAGAUGAACUGAUCGAAUACCCAAACAACAAGAAAUGCAAGCUCGGUUUCUUGGACCUAAUCCUUCGCAAAUGGUUCUGCAAUCCCUUCACCGAUGAUGCUGGCCUUGACUUGGUGCUGGAAAGCAGUGAGGAUUACAUAACUGCUGAACUGGAGAAGCAGAAACGUAAAUUGCGUGACAUAUCAUUGGUACUGGAGCAACAGCAUACACUUGUGCGUCUGAUUGUGCAGAAAAUGGAGAUCAAGACCGAAGCUGAUGAUGUGGAUGAAGGCGUUUCUCCAGGUGAUACUCGCGUGGUCCCUCGCUGGAGCUCCCCAAGGAUCCGUAAGAAGCUGCGCACUGCUUCUUCUUUCAACAAAGGUGGCUAAGCAUCACGAUACACCCCAUUGCACUAUAGGUAUACUAAAUUUGUAAAGUCUAAGAUCUCACGACAAGGUUUUUGCUAUUACGAAGACCACGGUAAGAAUUUGCUGUUAAAAACUACCCAAAAAACGAAUUGACUGAUCCUCCUUUUUCCGCCUGUUCUUGUCAUCUACCAUCAAGAAGAUAACUGCAAGAACCAUGUCGUCGGAUCUUACACUGUUGUCUAUUAAUCCUUCAUUGUAAGUUACACUUAUGUUCUUGUUUAUUGCUGUUUUAAUAUUCACCGUUUCUAAUAUUUCUUUCGUUAGUGUACUUAAAUAUUUCUAUCCCUAUCUAAAAAGUUAACGUUAGCUAAGAAUAAUAUGAUAUCAAAAAUGAAUUAGUGUCUCGAAUUUAUUGUUGUAGUUUCAAAUUAAUAUUACAUGUAAGAUUGAAUGUCAGUAGUUCUAAAUGUAAUCAUUAUCAUACUUGAUUGACAGUUCUUAAGCUUUUAAAUAGUAUCCGUUGCUAAUAAUCUAGUUAACAAAGAACGGUGAUUGGCGAAAUUAUGUUUCAGUCAAGCUAUCAAAUCUAUCAAGGCUUGCUGUGAUUGGUUGACUGUUUUUGGUCAACUGAUUAUAUUGCUUGAUGAUGUACCCUUCAUAUAUUCAAAAUCCUGAAAAGAUUUCUUUCUGUUUUCUAUUACAAACAAUUUAAGACACUUAUUUUUACAAGAUUUCUUCUUCUUUCUUCUUCAAUUUUUUUUUCUGAUUCUUCAUUAUGAUAUAACCCAAUAUUUUAGCCUUUUUUUAGGGCUGUCACCGACUUAGCUCUAAAAUUAAAUUAUCAUUACUUAUAAAUGUUUCGGGAAUAAGAUUUUAAGCAUAAUAUGUAAAUGUAAAAGCGAUUAGCGCAUGAUUUUUCGGCCUACCUAUGUAUGGACCGGGUCUGAUGAUAAUGGAUAGGAUAAAUUAUAAUUAUAUUACAUAAUAAUAAUAUGGCACAAGCCCAUUCGAUGUAAUUUAGAAAAAUAAUAUCAUAAAUGUUAGAUAAAAACUAUAUUAUAACCGUUUUAAAGUACUUCUAUGUAACUUACAAUUUACCCAAUAGGUGUAAUAAUCAUUAUAUAGUAUAUCUAAACCGAUAUAGAUAGUUUCAUGACUUAAAUAGGUGUUCUUACAUUCAAGUGUUUUACAAUAAUUCUGAUGUUAGUAUGUAUAUAUAUACAGCCUAUAUAUUUGGGUUAUUCUCGGAAAUGACUGUGCGUCGAAUGCGUUUUAAGGGAAGGUUUAGAUAUAAAAGAGUAUUUAUUAACAUGCGGGUGUCAGGACCGCGAGACCAAUGAGUAGGGAGAGCUGUUCCAAGUAACAACUAGUCGAUUUCGCAAGGACGUUAUAUUAUUAUAUAUAAACAUAUUUACUUACUUACAUAAUUUAAAUCUAGUCUUUUAUACCAAAUACGUAGCUGUUCCGUUAUAAAUAUGUUAUUUCUUAUAUUAUAUUUUAUAUUAACGAUUGUUUUAACAUUGAGCUGGUCUCACGUUUUAUUCAUUUUAAAUAUUUUAUACGUUAUAUUUUAAUGUUACGUUUUAUUUUUUUUUAAUAUUUUAAACUUAAAUGAUCGUGCAAUUAAGAUUUUUCUAACAUGAAAAGUCUUUAAACGGCCUUUUACAUUAUGCGAGUGGGUCAUAGUAAUAAAAUA